UAUUUUACAUUCUCUGCUCAAAAUUCUCUUAUGUGCUUAGUUGACAGUUUACACGCUGGUCCGCAAUUUAAUCUUUUCGUUUAUUUACGUUCUAUGUUUACGUUUUCUGGAGGAGACAAAUACUACUCUAUUAUUGCAAUAAUUAAAUCGUUCAAAUAUGAAUAACUUAGAUAGCUGUGGCCAAGCUUUCUAUAAAUUGGAAAAGGAAACAUCAAAUUUGGCCUUGCUAAAGGACCGUGUGGAAAAAUAUCAUGAUUUAUCAAAUCAAAUGUCGAGCAUAUUGACUGUCUUCGAGCAGCGACUUGGGAAAUUAGAGCAAACCAUUUUGCCUGUUUACGAGGAGACAGAACAGCUUCAAAAGCGCCAGCAAAAUUUAGACGCCACAUUAGGAUGCCUCGAAAGUGUGCUCGCUCACUAUGAUGUUUCGCAGGAAGUGUGCAAUCUUGUACAUCAAGGUCCACUAGAAGGAAAUGUGAAUAUUUUUCUUGAAGCUUUGGGGAAACUACGAGCAGCAAUGGACUAUUUUCUGCACCAUAAUUCGCAGAGUGUGGAAUUGGAAAAUGUUACCAGUCUCUUCAAUACGGGUUGCGAAGGCUUAAAUCAGCAUUUUAGGUUACUUCUAAAGAAACAUAGUUUACCUUUAAAACCCGUGGAUCUGUUAGAUCUGAUUUAUAUUGAAGAUGAUUCAAGUGAUGAGUACACAUCAUUCCGGCAGUUAUCUCAGAGUACAAGGGAGGAAUUAGGAACCAUAGCACAUUGGUUAGAGCAAAAUUUGCGUCGUGAAUAUACAAUUAUUUAUGCUGUGGAAAGGGGAGAUGUCGUUUUACGUUCACUCCAAAACCUAAAAGAUCAUCAAAAAAGUAGCAGUUGGGGUCAUGAAGCUCUGAAACCACGUCAUAGUGGACGACCAGAGGUAAAAAAGAACACUUCAGCUCGUUUACAGCAAAUAUUCGAAAGGAAGGCUAAUAAAUUGUAUUUGCGAGCUACCCAAACGCUUGAACAGUCGACUGGCAUAUCUAUAAAAAAAGCAUCAUCCCAUUCGGAGCACUUGUCUGCCGAAGAGUUUGUAGACGGAGACCAAGAACUUGACAAGUAUCUCGUUAUGCUGCUCGGUUUGCAACGACUUCUAAAUUGGGAGCGAGCACUAAUGACUGAAAUCGUGCCUUCUUCAAAACAUGGAGAUGUGUUUUCAAAAUUGGCUUACAAUUCUAUUGAGCUGGUAGUUAAAGAUGCAGAAGCAAUUACUAAUCGUAUUAUGCGCUGCAUUUCACGAAAGGAGUGGACUUCUGCGCUAGGAAUAUUUUCUGCACUUAAAAGAGUAAUAUUGCUACAACCGGAUAUUGAACGUACAUAUGAUCUACAACAAAGGGAACAACUUACCAAGGUUCUAAACAAGCUGCAAGUUACGGGCUCAAAAGCUUUGGAGCAUUUUCUUGAUGUAAUAAAAGGCGAAUCCGGCACAAAUAUUGUAGGAAUGAGUUCAAGUACACUAGGCUAUGGUUAUGUAAAUGUUCCGAAGGAUGCAACGGUUCAUGAACUUACUUCCAAUACAAUUUGGUUUAUCGAACAUGUCUAUGAUCAUUAUGACGUUAUUGGAUCCAUUUUACAACAGGAUGUUCUUUACAGUACACAAUUGGAUACAAUAUUAAUGAAGAAAGCUCUACCAGCCGAAGAGCGCAAUAAGGCAUUGUUGGCAAUCUACAUCAAAAAGGCUCUAGCGGAGUUAAACCUUUCCAUAAUGAACAAAUGCGAACAGUACAACGACCAAGCCACAAAACAUCUCUUUCGUCUUAAUAACAUUCAUUACAUAUUAAAGUCUUUGCAGCAAUCAAAUUUAAUGGAUAUGGUUACAUUGGCAGAGCCAGAUUGUGAACAGUGCUAUUUAGAUAUGAUUCGUGAACUAAAGUUCUCUUACCAGAAAACCUGGUCGAAAAUGCUUAUUAGUAUAGGUGUAGAUGAAUUGCCUCGACCAUCUCAUGGAAAAGUUAAAGAUAAAGAUCGUAGCAUAUUAAAGGAGAGAUUUUCUAAUUUCAAUAAAGAUUUUGAGGAAGCAUGUAAGGUGCAACGAGGCAUUUCUAUUCCAGACGUAAUAUUGCGUGAAGGUAUAAAACGAGAUAACGUGGAACACAUACUUCCUAAAUACAAUAAAUUCUAUGAAAUGUAUGCCACGGUGCAAUUCAGUAAAAAUCCCGAAAAAUAUGUAAAAUAUCGGCCGCAUGAAAUUAAUCAAAUGCUAAGCAAACUCUUUGAUGAUUCUGCUUAAAGUCAACGUUAACUAGCGUUUAUAUUUAAAAAAAUCUUUAUUAUUAU